UGUCAAUUAAAAAACGGUAAAGUCAGAUAGGUUCAGUGGGAAAAUAGAUGUUUGUUUUCGUGAAAAAUUGUGUUAUGGUUAUGAAUAAAAAACCUUUUUCUUUGGCGAUGUUGUUAUAAAUAUUCGUUGAUACAAUGUAGAUAAUUAGGAAUGCUAACAUGUAAAUAAAUAUAGUAAUUCUCAUUACUAAAACAGAUCUAACAACACCAUAGUCGUCAUGCCCAACAAAGAAGUGCCUGUGCCAAAACUAGCAGCGGAGGUGAAGCCGCCAGCAGCAGUCGUUCACCAAGCAGCUGUUACCAAGCCACUGAAUGUCUCCACCAAGGUUGUCACAACUAAGGUGGUAAAAGAAGCCAUGUCACCAACAACAACCAGUUCUGACACAGAAAGGACGGAACUCCUCGGCUCUUUGACCACACAACAGCAGCAAAGGACCAGCGCCAGGGUCAUUAAGAAGCUGAAGUUAGAACCUCCCGCCGAGAAGAGGGGCAAGCGGGAUGGUCAGCCGGACGACCUGACUGAAUGCGAUACACCCAACAAAAUGGAGCAAGAAUUGAAAUUUCCAACGGUGAAACAGCGGAUGCCCAAAGCUCUGUGGUCCACCGACGAGAAGAACUUAUUCUUCGAGGCCCUGAAUGAAUAUGGCAAGGAUUUUGAUGCUAUAACCGCAUAUAUAUGUGCUAAGGCAAAGAAAAAAGGCGUGCCCGAUGUGAACAUGAAGACGAAGACGCAAGUCAGCCAUUUCUACUACAGGACAUGGCACAAGCUGUCCAAACAUGUUCAUUUUGACGAGAAUGUCAAGAAAGUGGCGCAAGAGCUGUACGCGUUAAUUAAUUACGGCGAAUUGCGAAAGAAAUUAGUUUCCGUAAGCGAAAAGACAUGCGCGCGCCUGAGCGAGAUGGUGCAAUGCGGCAGUCUAGUUGUGCGAGUGAGAGGGCGCAAUGUAAGAGUGAGGACGCCAAUGUGUCGCGCUCUGAGGAGGCUGAAUCAAAUUCAUGAGCGCGCGUGCGGGCCGCGCGUGUGCUCGCGCGCGCUGGUGUGGCUGCGCGCGCGCUCGCUGCGGGCGUGGGCGCGCGUGCAGGCGGCCGCGCACAACCCGCGCGCCGCCGCGCACGCGCCGCUCUCCGCGCGCCUCGCCGACUUGCUCGCCGCGCUCCAUAAGCGGUGGAAGGUUCAUCCGUAUUACAAGCCCGAGAAAGCCGAUGAUGUGAAAUACGCUGAGGAUCAAAAAGACGAAGACGGCUACGUUCAAGAGUUGAAGCCAUGUGAUGAUGAUGAACGCGACGAUUUGGAAGACCAUCUCGGUGUUAUGACGGACAGGAUGAUUACACAAGAACACCGUCUACCCCGCAAACUGGCUCUACACGUUGGUCCUCGACCAGAUGCGAUCAUCAACCUUCCAGUGCUGACGGCUUCUGAACAACUAUCAAGUCAGAAGAUAUGUUUCUCGUCCUAUCUGCAGAGGAUGUGCUCGCUACGGCAUAAAGAUGACCGCGCGAAAUUGCGUACACCGAAACGUCAAAGGAAAGACAGCGCGACAGAGAAGGACAAAGAAAUUGAACAGAAGAAGAUGAGGUUAGAAGAUGAUCCCACGAAACUGAUGCAGAUUGACGAAACUGCGGUGGACGGUAUUGACCUGAUGGCUAUUUAUAGAAAUAGUCAGGACGAAGAAGAGAAACCUAGCACAGAAGAUGAGAAAGAACUGAAAUCCGAGGAGACGGCCGAGGAAGAUUUAGAGAGAGACGGCUAUAAGGAGAUGUGCGAGAGGGAAAAGGACAGCUUCUCAGAAAUGGAGGACGAUGAGAAGUACAACAAAAGUGACACGGACAACGAGAGUGACCACGGGAAGAAGAGAGAUGGUGAAUUUAAAAAUUUAAAGGUUAAGUUUCGCAUCAGGCAGAAAAAGCGUGGAGGCAGUGAGUAUACCCUCGUUUCUAUGGACAAAGAUGAUGAAAAACUCGAGGAGCCGGUGAAGGAUGAUGAGAUCAAAGCUGAUGAACUUAAAGGUGAUGAGUUGAAGGGUGAUGAUGGCAAGAUUUAUGAAGCUAAGGGCGACGACGUAAAAGCCGACGACGCAAAAGCCGAGGAGUCCAAAACUGUGGACGUGGAAACGGCUAUAAAACAAAUACGCCGCGGCUGGAGCAUGUAUGACGCUGGCGACCUCACUAUCGGUGACCUUUAUCUUAUGUUUGGGUCCAGAUCCCGGCUGGAGCUGGAGUACUGGUGGGAGGAGCCCAGCGCGCCACUGCCGGCCGCGCCGCCAGAGAGGAAAACUGAGAAGACUCCGGACAAAGGCACCGACAGUUCAGUGGAAGAUGCGGAGCGGAGGGAGAGUGACACCGAUAUAUUCUCGCCGAAGAACGCGUACGGGCAGGACAGCAACGACGGAAUGUCCGGCGACGAGAGGAAGAACGAACAGCUUUCGUCCCCGGAGCACAAGGCGGGCGGCGCGGCGCUGCGGCUGGCCAGCAAGCUCGUGAACCGGCCGCUGGCGGCUGCGCGGCCCGCCGGCCGGCUGCUGCCCGACAGACUGAAACGCCUCCUAGCGUUGGCGGGGAAUCCCCACGUGCCGGCGUUCGGCGGCAUCGCCAGAUGCGAGUGCGGACAUGUCUGUCAUGCGCAGAGGAAACAGCAAACCAAGCAACAAGCCGCUGGUCUCAGGCCGGAUGACCUCACAUCGGUUGUGUUUCGACACCCGACGCCUAUCGCGCCCAAGUCGGAGUCUGAGCCGCCGCCGCCGCCGGCGCGCGCGCAGCCGAGCCUGGCGGGGCUGCCGCGCUGGCGGCGCGGGCGGCCGCGCGGCUCGCCCCGCCGCGUGGUGGUGCAGAGGCUGCUGCCGCUCAUGCCCAAGCUGCCGCCGCCGAGCAAUCUGAUCCCCGUGAAGAUAGUUCCCAACUCUCCCCCCACCGCGCCAGUGCCGCCCAAGAUACUGCCGAAACCGCCCCCCACAACUACCUCCGACAUGUCAUUCUUCUACGUGUUGAGCGACUCCGACGGCCAGUUCUACUUCCACGACGGCGAGCGGCGGGUGCCCAUCUCACCGCUGGCCGGGGACGCCGGCGCUGAACCUCACGAAGAUGAACCGGUCGAAGCCAAAGAAGAAUUGGAGUCGUCCGAUGUAAAAGCCGAAGCAGUAUCGUGCUCGUCCGCUUCCUUUAAAGAAGAGAACUUGACAGAAGAAAGGGACACGAAAGAGACAACAACGGGUGUGACGAAGACGGACAAUACUACCAGUUCUGAUAUCACACAAUUCCUGCCAACGGAGUCGAUGUCGUUGUCCCCUUCUCGACUUUUACGCGACGCGGACUGCUGGCCAGAGGGCUCCGUGCAGGACUUCUCGCUAAGCAGUUUCCUUGGUCAUUUGGAAGCUCGCCAGCCUGAAUUACAAGUGGAUUCACAGUUGCAAUCGCUAAUGGCCGAAUCGAGCGUGGAUUACGUCGCGAAGUUCGCAGAUUUGGCGGCAGAAGUCGCUGAUGUGCAAGACAAUCUACCCGCCGGAGACCUCAACUGAAGUUGUAUGAACAAACUGGACGCCGCCCGCGACUUCGUCCGCGUGGAAUCUAUAAUAGCGGGAACUCCGAGUAGUCUAUAUGUUAUUCUGGGUCUUCAGCUACAUCUACAUAUCAAUUUUCAUCGUAAUCGGUUCAGUGGUUUUUGCGUGAUGAUGUAACAAACAUCCAUAUAGUGACAUACAAAAUUUCGUGUUUAUAAUAUUAGUAGGAUAAAUUUAUUCAAUACUAGCGGACCCGACAGAGUUUGUUCUGUCAAAAAGAUUUGUAGCAGUUUUUUGUUC